UGUUGGUGUGCGGGUGCCCACUUCGCCUCGCUCGUGCCGUCCGUAGGUGAUCGCUCGCUUGCCCCUUGCCGCUGUGUGCUGACGAAAUCGACGGUACAGACAGCGAGCUCAUUGCAGCCAGAAUUCACUUGUUAUUGUUUUUAUUACUGAGGAAGUUUCGCAGAAGGAACUGAAGGAGAAAGAACGAAAAGGACGAUGUACUGAGAGAAAAUAGCUCUCGUCAGUGUAGUCUUGUCACUCUUCCCUGAAUUUCGGUCAGUUGCAAAUUACUUCGUUCAGUUCGAGAAACCUACUCGCUGUACUCAACAUGGACGGUCGAAUUAAAUUACUUCUGUUAUCCCUGGCCCUCGCGGGUGCCACGGCGUCGAGCGAGGAGAGCGUGGAGAGGGCGUCGAAAUGGCCUCGUCGCGGAAGACAGAUGUUCACGCCCCUCACCUCGUACGUGCCUCGCAACCGCCCGCGUUAUCAGCUGUGCGAUGUGGACGGCACGAUGGGCGCCUGUAUGAAGGGUUCCGUCUGCAGGAGGGAGCAGGGCCUCUUCGCCGGGUACUGCGGUGGCGAUAAUGAGGUCUGCUGCGUAGUGGACAAAUCCUGCGAAGACUCGACGCGCUCCCACAGCACCUACUUCAGGAACCCGAAUUUCCCUAAAAACGACACGGAGGAGAAGAUGUGUCCCUUGACGGUGGAGGUCGGCCGCGACGUGUGUGCUGUCAGACUGAGUUUCGAGAAGUUUGAGCUGUCGCCGUAUACGGAAGGCGUCUGUAUCGGGGACCACAUGACUGUCCUGGGCACGAAGGAAGGCUCCACGACGCCCAUCUGCGGAAACAUGACGGGCUGGACGACCACCUUCGCCGUGAAGAAAAACAGUGACGUCGUGUUGGCAAUGGUCCUCCAGGGACGCCCCGCCCACACCUUCUCGAUCCAAGUCACUCAGAUCGCUUGUGAUGAUGUCCAGGUGUUCCAUUCGCCCACCUACUCCGGGAUCCGCAACCCUGACGCAGAGAAGUACACGCCUACGACCAAGAAGCCCAUCGUCGGCCCUGUCAAGCCCUUGGGACCCAAGCCCUCGCCGGUAACGACCACCCCCGAGAGUACGACCUCCUCCCCGGACGACACGACCGAGGAGGCGACCACCGCGAUGUCUCCUGACGCCGGCGGGGACGAAGGGAAGCCGACGGAGGCCACUGUCAACGAAGGACCCACGACCCUCAUGCCCGGAACCAUCCCCUCGCCUAAACCUAGUGACGUUUUAAUCCGCGCCCAGAAGGUAGAUUCCGCAGAUGAUGGCGUUUACUUGGACAUCCUCGACGUCACGCCCGCCAUUUCUGCGUUCAAAAGAGCCUUCGAGCUCCGCGUGAAUACCAAGUGCUUUCAGUACGAGGACGAGCCUCAGCCAGGAUUCAGGAUCAUUGGAGGAGGCUACACAAGGAUUAACGAAUAUCCUUGGCAGGUGGCUCUGGUGUACCGAAAUAAAUUCUUCUGUGGCGGAUCUCUCAUUAGCGACAGACACAUUCUUACUGCUGCCCAUUGCGUGUUCGGGAGCUUCACUGCAGGAAUCAACGAUCUCCGCGUCAGUAUCGGCGACCACGACAUCUCCACCAGGAACGAGACGGACCACAUUGUCGGCAAGGGCGAGAACGCGACCGUGACCGGCUGGGGGCGCUACAGCGUGCGUCUGAAGGCCACUAACCCGGUGCUGAAGGAGUACACGGGCCCGCUGACCAACAUCUCCAAGUGCGUCGAAGCUUGGGACGUUUUCAAGGGAAUCUCCGCUCGCUCGCCCAACCAUGUGUGUUUGGACGUUACCAUGGGAACGCCGUGCCACGGUGACUCCGGCGGCCCUCUGGUGGCGUGUACGGGGGUGCAGUGUACCCAGAUCGGCGUCGUAAGCUUUGGAUUCCCGAUGUGCACCAAUGUAGGUCUACCCGCUGUCUUCACCCGCGUGUCACAUUACAAAUCUUGGAUCGACAUGAACCUCACGCCCCUGGACAUUUUUUAA